AUGUCUCAGGGAACUGGUGGAAUUGAUAGCACUGAAUUGUCAAGAACUCAAGGAAUAGAUUGGAGGUUCCUCCAAAGUCCGGAGGGCAAAUCAUCAUAUUCGGGUGGAAGUAAUCGAGAGCCAACUGCUGUUAUCUCUGACACAACUUUCUGGCGCCCAGCUUCCGAAGUAGAUCUGCCCCAUCAACCACAGUCUCCGGCUGCUGAACACUUUGCCUCUCAACAUCGACCAUCGGACGGACAAGAGAAUGAUGCCAUUUGCUCCGCAGCCCAAAUUGAUAUUGAGAGAGUCAUUCUUUCAGAUGGACUUCCCAGUUUGGGCGCCAAAGCUUAUCCCUCAUCAAACCUAAAGAGUUGGAGAGGAUUAUCACCUGCUACCAAUCAAGUUCUAAAUAUCCAUUCGGUAAUAGCUCAUUGCACCUCGUCCAGCUGGAUAGAAAUGCAUAAGGGAAGCUUACUGCCAUUGGGAACACAGAUAUCUCUCACCUUCCUCAAUACAACUGGAAAGUUCUUGCCUUGUGCACUUUGUGGGCAUCACACAGAGAUGGGAGUCUUCUGUGUGCCGCCCGCUCAGGAUCUGGCCUCCACGGUUCAUCCUGGGUGCAUCAGUACGGUCCAAUUUGGAGAGAAUCUCUAUCUGAGAGCGUAA